AUGGCGGGCUCCAGGUUUGCGCGGCAGCUCUUCCUCCAGGGCGUGGCCGCCGUUUUCAUGUUCGCCUUUGCUUCCCUCUACAUGCAGAUCCCAGGCCUAUAUGGUGCCCAGGGCAUCCUGCCUGCUCGGAGGAUGUUGCGUCCGCAGGGCAAGGGUCGCUGGCAGCAGCUGUGGGAGACACCGACGCUGCUGUGGGAGGCCCCGAGGCUGGGGCUGGACACUGCACAGGGCCUGGAGCUGCUCAGCCUGCUGGGCACACUGCUGGCCCUGGGCGCACUGGUGCUGCGCCCGCUGCGCCACCGCCUCACCUACCUGCUGCUCUGGGCUGCCUACCUGUCGGCCUGCCAGGUGGGCCAGGUGUUCCUCUAUUUCCAGUGGGAUUCUUUGCUGCUGGAGACUGGCUUCCUGGCUGUGCUAGUGGCCCCACUGAGGCAGCCGCGCCUCCACAAGCAGGCCCCCCAGGGUGGGCCGCCGGGAGCCCUGCCCCACGAAGACCUCCCUUUCUGGCUGGUACGCUGGCUGCUGUUCCGACUCAUGUUCGCCUCGGGUGUGGUCAAGUUGACCAGCCGCUGCCCCGCGUGGUGGGGGCUCACCGCCCUCACCUACCACUACGAGACGCAGUGCCUGCCCACGCCCGCUGCCUGGUUUGCUCACCACCUGCCUGCCUGGCUGCACAGGCUCAGUGUGGCCGCCACCUUCCUCAUCGAGAUCGCGGUGCCCCCUCUAUUCUUCUCCCCGAUCCACCGCCUGCGUUUGGCAGCCUUCUACUCCCAGGUCCUGCUACAAGUCCUGAUCAUUAUCACGGGCAACUACAACUUCUUCAACCUGCUCACCCUGGUACUUUGCACCUCCCUGCUAGACGACAAGCACCUGGGUGUUGAGCGGGGUCGUGACCGCAGCAAGAAGAUGCCUGCCUCCUGGCCCAAGGCCCUCCUGCCUGCACUGGCCCUGCUGCUGGAGCUGGCCGUCUAUGGGCUUCUGGCUUACGGCACCGCCUUCUACUUCAGCCUGGAGGUGGACUGGGAACAGCGUGCUGUCCGCUCCAGAACCAACUUCACCUUCCACCAGUUCUCCCAGUGGCUGAAGGCAGUGACCCUGCCCACCAUGUGGCUGGGAGGGGCCUCCCUGGCCUGGGAGCUGCUGGCUGCUCUCUGGAGGUGGACACAAGUGCGCGGGUGGCUGUGGAGGCUCUGGUCUGCGGUCCAGCUGUCCGUCUUUGGCGCAGCCACGGUGGCCUUAUUCACUAUCAGCCUGGUACCCUACUCCUACAUGGAGCCAGACACCCACGGGCGCCUCUGGACCGGGGCCCAUCGCCUCUUUGGCGCCGUGGAGCACCUGCAGCUGGCCAACUCCUAUGGCCUCUUCCGCCGGAUGACCGGUCUGGGUGGGCGGCCCGAGGUGGUGCUGGAAGGCAGCUAUGAUGGGCACCACUGGACGGAGAUUGAGUUCAUGUAUAAGCCCGGGAAUGUGAGCCGGCCACCGCCUGUUGUAGUGCCCCACCAGCCACGCCUCGACUGGCAGAUGUGGUUUGCAGCACUGGGGCAACACACACAGAGCCCCUGGUUCACUGGCCUGGUUCUCCGACUGCUGCAGGGCCAGGAGCCAGUGAUCCGCCUGCUACAGGGCGACCUCACAAGGUACCCCUUCCACAAGCAGCCGCCCACCUACAUCCGGGCCCAGCGCUACAAGUACUGGUUCUCGCAGCCUGGAGAGCAGGGCCAAUGGUGGCGCCGCCAGUGGGUGGAGCAGUUCUUUCCCACCGUGACCUUGGGGGACCUCACGCUGGAGACACUGCUCACACAGUUUGGGCUUCAGGACAGGAGCCCACCGCGACCCCACAGAGCCAGCAGCUCCCUGCCCCGGGUCCUGCACUGGGUGCGGACCCAGCUCUCUCCCCUGGAGGCCCCCACCCUGCUCUGGGGGCUCCUUGUGGCCGUGGGCACCAUCAGGGUGGUGCAGGCCCUGCUGGCCUCUUACCCCCCACCACCUAGCAGGGAGGAGAAGCAGAGAACAGCCCCCAGGAAGGAGCCAGGAGCUGCUGGCGAACUGGCCGCCUCAGCCCCCGACAGCUGCAGUGGCGGGGCACGGACCCCCCGGAGGAAGAAGUAG